AUGGCUCCGACGACGGCGAAGCUAGAGAACGACGAGGAGCUCCGGCGACUCAAGGACGUUAAUAUUGACGAAGCUCCUGCUCGUCGUCAAGUGCGCGAUUCCUUUAAAGAUAUUCAGCUUAAUCUCGAUCAUAUCCUCUUCAAGACACCAGAAGAUGGUAUUAAGACAAAAGAGUCAUAUGAAGUGAAUUCAAGAGGAGUUGAGAUCUUUUCCAAAAGUUGGCUUCCUGAAGCUUCUAAGCCCAGAGCUUUGGUUUGUUUCUGCCAUGGUUAUGGAGAUACUUGCACGUUUUUCUUCGAAGGGAUUGCAAGGAGACUGGCAUUGUCGGGAUAUGGAGUUUUCGCUAUGGAUUAUCCGGGAUUUGGCUUAUCGGAAGGCUUGCACGGUUAUAUCCCUAGCUUUGAUCUUCUUGUUGAAGAUGUCAUUGAGCAUUACUCCAACAUUAAAGAGAAUCCUGAGUUCAGUUCUCUACCGAGCUUUCUCUUUGGACAGUCGAUGGGUGGGGCCGUAUCCCUCAAAAUACAUUUCAAACAACCAAAUGCAUGGACCGGCGCAGUCUUGGUAGCACCAAUGUGCAAAAUUGCAGAUGAUCUGGUUCCACCACCAGUAGUAAAACAUAUUUUGAUCGGUCUAGCCAAUGUUCUACCGAAGCACAAGUUGGUUCCUCAAAAGGAUUUAGCAGAAGCAGCGUUUAGAGAUCUCAGGAAGAGGAAGAUGACACCAUACAACAUCAUUUGUUACAGCGGCAAACCGAGGCUACGGACAGCAGUAGAAAUGCUUCGAGCAACUCAGGAUAUUGAACAACAAUUGCAAAAGGUGUCUUUGCCGAUACUGAUUCUACACGGAGAAGCUGAUACAAUGACGGAUCCUUCAGUGAGUAGAGAGCUCUACAAGAAAGCGAAAAGUUUAGACAAGAAGAUAGUUUUGUAUAAAGAUGCUUAUCAUUCUCUGCUCGAAGGCGAAACAGACGAAAUGAUCAUCCGUGUCUUGUCCGAUAUUAUCUCGUGGCUUGACGACCAUAUUGCCUUGCAAGCUGAUUGA